GUGCUGGGAAGUAUAGGCUGUGUUGUCACGCCGGUGUCAGUCUGAUGAAGAUUGGCAUCAGGUUGACUCCGGAGCAGGACUCUUGAGGCUUGCCAUCCUCCAUGCCGCGCACCAGAAAAGGGACUGUGAAGUGUGCGCUGGCUCCAGCCAACAAGGAAGAACUGCCGGCCCAGCUGGAAGUGAGAAGAGGGGAGUGAGUCUCCUGAGGGCCACCCCAGAGGCCACCGGGAUCACCCGAACAAUCCUCCAUGUGAAUCCAUCCCAUGAUGCAACAUGCCUCCCCAGCCCCCGCUCUGACGAUGAUGGCCACGCAGAAUGUCCCUCCCCCUCCCUACCAGGACAGCCCACAGAUGACGGCGACCACUCAGGCCCCCUCUAAGGCCCAGGCUGUCCACAUCUCCGCACCCUCGGCUGCUGCCAGCACACCUGUGCCCAGUGCCCCCAUCGACCCCCAGGCCCAGCUGGAGGCUGACAAGCGAGCUGUGUACAGGCACCCUCUUUUCCCGCUCCUGACGCUGCUGUUUGAGAAAUGUGAACAGGCCACCCAGGGCUCUGAGUGCAUCACCUCCGCCAGCUUUGAUGUGGACAUCGAGAACUUUGUCCACCAGCAGGAACAGGAGCACAAACCCUUCUUCAGCGAUGACCCAGAACUGGACAAUCUGAUGGUGAAGGCAAUCCAGGUCCUCAGAAUCCACCUGCUGGAGCUGGAGAAAGUCAAUGAACUCUGCAAGGACUUUUGUAACCGUUACAUCACCUGCCUCAAAACCAAGAUGCACAGUGAUAACCUGCUCAGGAAUGACCUCGGGGGGCCCUACUCCCCCAACCAGCCCUCCAUAAACCUUCACUCACAGGACCUCCUGCAGAAUUCCCCCAGUUCCAUGUCUGGAGUCUCCAAUAACCCCCAGGGGAUUGUGGUCCCAGCCUCAGCGCUCCAGCAGGGCAACAUCGCCAUGACAACUGUCAACUCACAAGUGGUGUCAGGUGGAGCCUUAUACCAGCCGGUUACCAUGGUAACCUCCCAGGGUCAGGUGGUCACCCAAGCAAUCCCCCAGGGAGCCAUCCAGAUCCAGAACACACAGGUUAACCUUGACCUCACCUCCCUCCUGGACAAUGAGGAUAAGAAGUCCAAGAACAAACGAGGAGUCUUGCCCAAGCAUGCCACCAAUAUAAUGCGUUCUUGGCUCUUCCAGCAUCUCAUGCACCCCUACCCCACGGAGGAUGAGAAGAGGCAGAUCGCAGCCCAGACAAGCCUCACCCUCCUGCAAGUGAAUAACUGGUUCAUCAACGCCCGGAGACGCAUCCUGCAGCCCAUGCUUGACGCCAGCAACCCCGACCCUGCCCCCAAAGCCAAGAAGAUCAAGUCACAGCACCGGCCCACCCAAAGAUUCUGGCCCAACUCCAUUGCUGCAGGGGUGCUGCAGCAGCAGGGCGGUGCCCCGGGGACGAACCCCGAUGGUUCCAUCAGCCUGGGCAACCUGCAGUCCCUGUCCUCAGACAAUGCCACCAUGGCCAUGCAGCAGGCUCUGAUGGCCGCACACGAUGACUCAUUGGAUGGGACAGAAGAGGAGGAUGAGGAUGAGAUGGAAGAGGAAGAGGAAGAGGAGCUGGAGGACGAGGCCGACGAGCUGCAGACAACGAAUGUCAGCGACCUGGGCUUGGAACACAGUGACUCCCUGGAGUAACCGGGCAGCCCAGAUGGCACUGAUCACCGAGCAGGAGAGGAGUGUCGUCAGGAGGGCUUCGGCGUGGCGGGGGAAGGAGACACGGGCAGGCGGCACCGAGGAAGUUGGACCCUGGCUUCCCAAAAUCAGUAGCUGGAGGAAAUGCAGAGGAAACACCUGUUCCUUCCCAACCACCAAGCUUCAACCAGUACCCUGGCCCCACCUCCCUAGAGCUGCAGAGGACUCCGUUUGGCGGGGCCAGUCGAGCAGCCUGGACAGAAAGGCAGGAGUGAGAUCUGGACUCACCAAAUCCCUGAGGACAGACGGCACCCACGCCCCCAAACCCCCGCCACUGAAGGACUUGAGUUGUUUACAGGCCCUGCGCCGUGAGGUGGAUCCGUGCUGUUCACAGAGUGAGCCUUUGCCAGGGAACAGAGUUAGGAGGAAAGGGAGAGACAAAGGGGGUCUG